GUUAGUCGACAAAGGCGUCAGUUGGUCUAGUGCGUACAUAUACCUACAUGUAUGUAGGUAUGUCUGUAUGUAUUGGAAUUCGUUAUAAAUGUUUGUUUUGAAAAUUUCGUGCUCUAAACUUAAAGUUACCUUAAUGGAUUUGUGAUGUUUUACUCUAAUUGCAAACUAAAUUAAGAAAAAAGAAUAAAAAAAAUUUUGAAAAAUUAUAAACCGAUUGCAAACUUUAUAUACUCUACAUAUAUAUUAUAUAUCUGUUGUAUUUCUAAUCGUUAGUCUUCAAUAAAUAUGCUAUGUACCAAUUUAAAUAUACACUAUGUACUAAUAAAUAUAUACUACAUUAGCUUGAGAUGCGCUGAAAUAUGGAAUAUUUGAAAAUCUUAUUAAUAUUUUUUUUUGUAAAAAUGUGUUGCUAUACGAGGUAAAUAAAGAUAAUUACUUGAAAGAAUAUUUAAAAUGGAGAAUAUCGUGUUUAAUGGGGGUUAUACAUAUAUUCUGGUGACAUACUUGUGGCGCGCAGCAUCCUGUAGAGUCUCAAUUGUCAUAAAUAGAUCAAAAAAAUAAAAAUACUCCGUUAAAACGGAUACUCUCACAAAAAUAACGGAAAUUGUAACAGGGUGUACAAAGUGCGCAAAAAUAUACGGUUUGUGUCUCGGCUAAGUAAAAUAAUACAUUUCUUAGAGUUGCCGAAUUUUCGUUCAUUCACAUUCUGGUGAAUGCUCCACAAUCAGCGAUAUGUGCUUACCCACUAGGAAAAUUUGUUCGUUACGAAAAUAAUCAUGCUAUCUGUCAGUAUACAAAAAGUUGGAUUUCUGUAUUUUUAGUCCUCAGACCCGCUUUUUGAUACUAUUUAUAUUAUAUAAGGUUUCCCGGCGUCAUAACUAAUAAAUACGUAUAAAUGAUUCUAAAGGUAAAUAUGUAUGGAAGGCGCCAUCGAAGAGACACACAUAAUAGAGCGUCAAUCAGUUUUGUGAAACUGGAAGCUUGGGUCAUCUCUAAGACUUCGAGAUCUAUAGUGUUAUCACCUACAUUCUUGUGAAUUCUGUUUUUUUCGGUUCGGAACUACUUAAACCCUCAAAGAAUGCCUUGCCGGAGCCGAGUAGUAGUGCGAUUUUUCACGAAUGGUUCAAAACUCUAAAAGAAGAUUGGUCUGGAAAUCUAUUUUACCAAACUCGUUGACAGCUUUGAACUCCUGUAGCGGGGUUUCAAGUGGAAGUGGCUGAAAUAAGGAAUAGGAUCUACUGUUUCGACUUACUUUCUUUCAGGGAGUUAAGCUGGUUAGGAAUAACUGUAUCAGCCUGGAUAAGGAAGCGAAACGUAUGGGUCUGUUAGUAAACGAGAACAAGACAAAAUAGCUCCUGUCAUCAAACAAACAGUCAGCGCAUUCGCGGCUUGAUUCUCACGUCGCCAUUGACAGUCAUAACUUUGAAGUCGUCUGUCUUGGAACCAGCAUUAAUACAAACAACAAUGUCACUCUUGAAAUCCAACGCAGCAUCAGUCUUGCCAACAGGUGCUACUUUGGAUUGAGUAGACAAUAGAAAAAAGUCCUCUUUAGACCAACAAGUGCCAAACUCUACAAGACACUCAUCAUUCCCGUCCUACUUUAUGGUGCAGAAGUAUGGACGAUGUCAACAACCGAUGAAACGGCAAUUUUUCCAACUCCUUGAUUAACUAAAAUCGUUUGAGCGAUAGAUGCGACAUUAAGUCAUCAUAAACAUAAAAGUCUUAUACUAAUUCGGAGACUAAGGUUGAUUCACCUUGACUCUCAUUUCAACCACGAAGCAAAUUAUUUGGCUUUAUUCGGCCGAAAUUUAGAGACUUCUUCAAUUACAAAAAAAUCGAUUUCUGUUCAUCUACGUUAAACUCAAUAUUUUAUCAUGCAACUGGAAGUUCUAUCGACUCUCCCAUCGCUCAACUGUCAAUUCGUGAUAAUAAUGGGAAAUACCUACACUUCAACGAAUCGGGCGACUCUUGAUUAUAACGAAUUCGACUAUGUCAUAGAGGAAUCGGAGCCUGUUUACCAAACACACGAGCUUGGAGAACUUAAAGAGGGCGUUUGCUUCAGAGUUACCGGUAAAAUACUGUUAACAUGUGAACGCUUCUACAUCAAUUUUCUAUUGGAUAAUAAAGCGGGCGAUGUGGCGCUACACCUUAAUGCGCGUCUACCGCAGAAUUAUAUUGUGCGCAACAGUCGAAUUCGGAAAAAAUGGCAAGUUGAGCAGAACACCUCCGCGAUACCGUUCACAUUGCGACGUGGCACACGAUUCCUCAUACAGUUCCUAAUCACGGAGACCGCCUUUCUCAUAUCCGUGAACGGUUUUCAUUUCUCCACCUACGAACAUUGCUUGCCAUAUCAUUUGAUCAGCUCUGUGGUGGUGCAAGGUGAUGUCACAGAUGUCGACGUCACACAUUCGGAGGUCGACACAUAUCCCGAUCGCAUCGAUAUCAUAAGACCCGUGGAAGUAACAGUGAAAAGAACGCUCGGCGCUUUACGCUCAACUAGAUCUGGAUAUGCUGAGCUGACCACAAGGAGUGCAAGUUGGCGUUUUAGCAUGGUAUUGAAAGCAUUACAUUGGCAGGGUGAAAUAUCGGCACCCUAUCUGGGUAGUUUGCCAAAGAGUAUUAUGAAGCCGGGUCGUUUCCUCAAGAUCGAGGGACGUGUGAAGUUAUUACCAAUGUCGUUCUAUAUCAACUUACAAAAUGGCGUUUACUUUUGGCCACAUCCGAUUGUCGCUUUUCAUUUCGGUCCACAUUUUCUCCAUAGACAAGAGAACAUAUCGAAAGCGCAAAUUGUUCGUUGCGCCUGGUAUGAUGGCGAAUGGUCACCUGAGGAAUGUUCGGAUAUUGAUACGGAAUUUCUACCGGGUAAAAGUUUUCGGUUGGUCAUUGUAUGUAUGGAACAUGCCUACGAGGUGUAUUUAAAUGGCAAAUAUCUGCUCGAAUUCCGGUAUCACAUGCGACCAGAAGUGGUGGAUACGGUGUACAUACGUGGCGAUGUCAAGCUAAACUGGGUGUCACUGCAUAGCAAUAUCGAUGAUGAUGGCAACAAACUACGGUUAUUUACCGAAAAUUUUAUUUUAAAUAGGCGCUCUACAAGUUCCUCUCAGUCUAGAAGAGAGACUUACAAUAGUAUCACUUUCAAUCCUUCGACAGAUGCUUCGUAAAUAAAUGUUAAGAAAUAUUUCGAUGUGCGGCGUUUUAAUGAUC